GGUUCAUGCCAGUGUUAAACGCUUUCCUUUUUCAUCUUUCCCCUCAAAAAUCUUCUCCCCAAUUCCUCAUUUUCCACGAUCAACACACAUAUAACGCAUACUCACACAAAACAGUGUUCGGAGAAGAGAAACCCCACAAGAAACAAUCAUAUCUUUAUCUCAAACAUUGAUUUAAGAUUCCGUUUCUUUCAAUGUAGCCCAAUUGAUCGUAUAACCGAUGUUCUUCGCAAUUUGAUUGAUUGAUUGAGGUGGGACGAGUUCAAAUUUAUCAGUUGUUUAAGGCCGGAUUGGAGGAGGGAAAGAUUGUGUUUGCUUUAUGAUGCUUUGUCCUGAAUUGAACACUCAGAUACAAACCUGGCUUCGUGAUUACGACAAGAUUCAGUCGUUCGCCGUGAUUCUAAUUUACAUUCAAAUUGCUUGUGCUUUGAUUGGAUCAUUGGGGGCAUUAUAUAAUGGAAUUACGCUUGUAAAUCUCGGAAUUGGGUUAUUCGCAUUGGUUGCAAUCGAGAGUAGCAGCCAGAGUCUAGGCCGAACUUAUGCAGCUCUAUUAUUUUCCGCAAUUUUGCUAGACAUUCUGUGGUUCAUCUUCUUCAGUCAAGAAAUCUGGAACAUUUCUUCAGAGAUUUAUGGAGAAUUUGCGAUAUUUUCAGUGAGAUUGACGCUGUUAAUGCAAAUAAUUGGGUUCACAGUAAGAUCAUCAUCCUCAUUGUUAUGGAUUCAGAUGUAUAGAUUGGGGCCUUCACUUGUAGAUAGUAUAGUUCCUCGAGAUGGAGAUAUGGAUUCGAGGAACAGUUUCAUGAAUCCUGCAACACCUCCUCAUGUAGUUAGACGCACAUCUGGUUCUCUUGAUUCAGUUGGAGGAGGAGGAGGAGCUUCCAUCUAUGAUCCAUCCUACUACACCUCCGUUUUUCCAGAUAACCAUGAUGAAGAAUCUUUACAACCGGGUCAAAACCGUCGCAUGGGCAUGGAUGCGUCGCUGUCUGAUUCUCUGUUGAAGCCGCCUUUAGGAAAAUCUUUUCGGGGUUCAAAUGAAAGGAGCAUAGUAAACAGGCUUGGGAGUCUUUGAAGUAGAAAGAAGAUUAUUUCACCAUAUAUCAUAUGAUUCCUAUUUCCAUAUAUUCUUUUUUUAAUUUAUUUUUACAGAAUGCAGCUUUAUUAUUAUUAUUAUUAUUCUUAUAUUGAAUGAUUUGAGGUAACAUACUCUAAUGUACAGUUGC